AUGAGUGUCGACCAGUGUGAACUUCCAAACGAUUUAAUAAAAUCCGAACUCGAACGCAUACUUAUCAAAAACAAUUUUCAAAACGCCAAAAUCACCGUAACUCUUGCAUCCGCCAAAGGCGACAACUACAUGGGCUGUCUCUUUCUCAUCAAGGCAACUUUAGAAACACAAUCUGCUUCAACUUUGAACCUAAUUUGCAAAACAGAACCCCUAAAUGCCAUUACCAGAAGUCAACUACGAACCGGUAUAAUUUACCAACGAGAAACUUUUGUAUACCAAGAACUGUUUCCUUUAUACCAGCGUUUUCAAGAGGAGAAACGAGUUCCGAGACCAUAUCAGUUCCAAAACUGUCCAAAAUGUUACGGAACCGGGCCAGGAUUUUUAUUCCUCAACGAUCUGGUAGCAGAAGGUUACACUUUGUAUAACAGGCUAAAAAAAUUAGAUUUUGUACACGUAUCGAAAGCUGUCGAGGCUUUGGGCAAAUACCAUGCCGUAGGCUACGCCUUGAAACAACAACGGCCUGCUGAAUUUAAAAGAUUUCAGGCGUUGCAAGAUGUCUAUUACAGUAAUCCGAUUGAUGAGGGUUUGUACAAUUAUUUUGGCGUAAUGUUUGAUCAUGCCUUAGAGGCUUUGACGAGUGUUGAGGAUGAGGAUUUGAGAUCCAAAAUGAGGUUUUUGAAAGAUAAUUUGAGGAAGAUUCUGCCUGUUCUGUUGGAUGGUGAGAAAGCUGAACCGUUUGCUGUCGUUACGCACGGUGAUUGCUGGAAUAAUAAUAUUAUGUAUAAAUAUGAGAACAACGAACCAAAAUGCGCCUGCUUGCUAGACUACCAGAUGUGCCGCUACGGUUCACCUGCCUUAGACCUCGCCCACUACAUUUUCUGCUGCACUGAAAAACCCUUCAGGGACACUUAUUACACAAAAAUACUCAAAACAUACCACCAGGCCCUUGCCCAACUUUUGCACAAACUAGGAUCCGACGUUUCGACAAUCCUUCCUUAUCAGGAAUUAGAAAAUCAGAUGAGGAAAUUCGGCUUGUACGGUUUGAUAAUAGCUACUAUCGUCGUGAAAACUUCCCGGUCGGAAGGGGAUGAAAUACCUGAUAUGGACGAGGCUGCCAAAUUGAUGAAGGAUGAUAAGGAUUAUGCUAAAAAAAUUUCGAUGGGAUCACAGGAGACUAUGGGAAUUUAUAGGAAAAGGAUGAGGGAUUUGAUCAAGGAUUUGGACGCUUGGGGGAUGCUGGAGUUCGAUUGGAUAGAGGUGGAAGGGUAG